AUAUUUUUGGUUUUGAAAAGCAGAAAAUGAGUUCGUUGCCUCCGAAGUAGAUAAGCUUACUUUCAUUGCCAGAGACAAACAAACCAAGGAGGUGUUAGUCCGAUAACUCAGUAUUCCGAGGUGGUCCUGCGAUUUGGAAGUAGUGAUUGAACCUCGAACUGAUCGAAUCCACCUCGAUACUUCUUCCAUAUCAGAAAUGGAUCAGACAACAUAUUUUCGUGCUGUGAUCAAAGCUGUUCGUUCGCAGCAGCGUCACCAACAGCAAAGUAGUGAUAGCUUGCCGUCCAAUCAUGGUAUUCUACCCAAAGCUAAGCGCUCCUCAAAAUCUGCGUUCAGCAACCGGGCAAAAGAUGUUGUCAGUUCGAUAACACAGCUACGUGAGUUUCUUCUGGAACACCGCAAGGACUAUGUCAAUGUUACAGGUCAUCUCUCGUCCAGCAGUGCAGCAAUGACGGAUGUAGUGAGAGAGAAGAUUGAUCAGGAAGCGGCACAGCUAAUUCAGACUUGCCAGCAGAGAGUACGAUUUCUGCAGCAAGAUGUCAAACAACUAGUAAGCAGCGUAACAAAGCAAGUGGCUGAUCAUCAGCAGAACACUCUGACCCUGAUCAAUGCAUACCUGAAAGGUGUGAUUCAACUGUACAGUGAACAGCGGGCAGUUCGUGUUCGGCAACUUGUGGAAAAGCAGAAGUUAUCUCGUCUUGAAACGGAAUCGUCCAAACUUCAGCCCGCAUCAAGACAAGCCUCUAAAGCAUCGGCAUCAGCAUCCGAUGGGUCCUUCGCCAGUCAUUUCUCUCGUCUCUCCAAACACUGGACGGGAGAGUCCAAGGAAGAACUAGCAGUAGCAGCCAGUAGCAGUACAGGAGCAACGGCGGCAGCUGCUGCUGCUGACAGGCCACCAUCAGCAGCAGAUAGUUUUGCUGGGGCGGAAAGUGAACAGCACGAUCAGAAAGAAGAAGAAGAAGAUAUCUUAUCCGUGGCAGAGCGAAUGGAGUUUGAACAAGAGAAUGUACGGUUACCGCAUGAAAUGGAUUUGCUGCAAGAUGAUGUCAAGAAAAUUGAGACAACGGUGAUGGCAAUUUCAAAGCUUCAAGAAGAAUUAUCCGAACAUAUCAUCGGCCAGGCUGAUUUAAUUGACAGAGUUGCUGAUGACGUUGUGGAGUCGACAGAGAAUGUGACUUUAGGCAAUGAGAACAUGAGAGAGGCAAUCAAGAACAACGCCAGCUGGAGAGUGUGGAUUAUCUUCUUUCUACUGAUGUGCUCGAUAUGCCUUCUAUUCCUUGAUUGGUACAGUGGAUAGAGGCCCAGUGAAAAAUGUAGUAUCUAUCCUUGAUUGAUACAGUGGACGUCUAUUCCUUGAUUAAUACAGUGAACGUCUAUUCCUUGAUUGAUACAGUGGACAAUGCAUAUGCAGUGUACUAGCAGCAGUUAGUCAUGGCGAUGCUUGCCUUGUCUUCUUGCACAGUGGACAGUGAGUAACAAGUUAUGCAGUGUGCUAAUGGCUAGUCACAACGCUAGUUUCGUCUUUAGACGGGGGUGCUUUGCUUACAUGCAACCAGUCACACGUCACCGUCUGCUGUUCUCUUGCGUCUCUCCACAUAACCAGAUCUAAUAACUGCAUAGCAUCGUUGUUGUCAGUGAGUGGCAUGGCUGACAAAACCACUGAUCCUUUUCGACAGUGCUCCACUUGCAUGCAUGCUUUCUCGUAUUCACGUACUCAGAGCGCUACCGAAUACGCACUCUACAUGAUUGUACUGUUGAUAUCUUUAGCUUCACCAUCACAUGCUGCUGUACGGUAGCUGUGCGAAUCCACGGGACUUUGCGAAUGAUAAUGCUUGUAUUUAGUUAUUGAUCGCCUUGCUGGAUUGUGUGCCCCGUGCCCCCCCCCCCCCUUUGCUUGCCACUACUCACCUAUGCUCUUACUGUACAUAGCGGCUACUGCUGUACAUAGCUGCUAUUGAUGCAAGAUCUCUUCGCCGCUGUUCCGUGUGCCAUUCUUACGCCAAGCACGCUGCCAUGCAGUGUCCUGGCCGCUAGCGGCAUGAUUGCCGUCCUGCUACUGCUGCCCAAGCCUGUUUGUUUUAAUAGCAUCUUUGAGAACACACAUCUCCUAGCGUGUAUCUCCCAUUAUUAUUGUUAUUAUUCUUGAAUCUCUUGACUUGAUCUUGUCUAACCAUGCGGGUUUUUUGUGCUUUUGAAUUUCAGAAAUUUUAUUUUAUUUUUUAAUAGCGAGGAGCCUUGCCUUUGGUUGGCGGUGUUCACAACGCCCCACCUAAACAACGGCGGUGCUGGAUAGUCGGCCCCGUCUCAAUAGUGGUUUGUUCUGUCAACCCUCAACUUCUGUGUUUUAGUCGUAGGUAUCUUCGUCCUUCCUGUCGUUUUGUUAUCUUUCUUGUUUUCCAAUUCAGUGUUUGUCUCGA